GAAGAAGAGGAGGAGAAGGAAGAAGAAGAGGAGGAGGACGAGGAUAAGGAGGAGGAAGAGGGGGAUAAAGAGGAGGAGGAAGAAGAGGUGCCUGCUCCCUGACCCCUGACCGAGGAAGGCCUGAAGGAGGCUAAGACCGGCAACGGGCUGGCCCACGCCUACGUGAAGUUCGAAGCCAGACACAAGAACUUGACAGACAUCAGCCUCCUUGAAUGCUUCAUUCACCUGCGGUAUGUGGAUUUGUCAGAGAACAAGCUGCAAGAUUUGUCUCCACUGGGGAACCUAACCUACCUGCUCUGGCUGAAGGUGGAUGGGAAUCUGCUCACUAGUGCCUGCAUUCCAGAGCUGCCCUACCUCCAGGUCCUCAGCUUUGCUCACAACCGCAUCCAGGAUAUGGAGGGCAUUACUCACCCCCGCUUAGCCACCCUCAGCCUGAAAGGAAAUAAAAUCCAGACAGCGCUGGGCCUGAGUCAUGGCCAGUUGUUCAGUCUGCAAAUCCUGGAGCUGCGAGGAAACAAGCUAGAGAGCACAGCAGGGCUCAGUAUUCCCAAGCUCAAGAACCUCUAUCUGGCUCAGAACACCAUUUGUCGCCUUGAAGACCUUGAGGGGCUCGAGCAGCUGGAGACUCUGCACCUGCGUGACAACAAGAUUGAGACCCUGGAUGGAUUCUUUAGUAGCAUGAGGUGCCUGAAGUACCUCAAUCUACGGAACAAUGGAAUCAGUAGCUUUCAGGAGGUGGCAAAACUGCAGGUCCUCCCCAUGCUGCAGACACUGGUGCUGUUGGACAAUCCAUGCUCUGAUGAACACAAUUACCGACUGGAGGUCCUGAUCCUGCUGCCACACCUGCAACGCCUGGACAAGGACUUAUUUGAGAAAGAUGAGCGGGAAGAGGCAAAGAAAAUCCAUCAGAUAAGGCAGGAAGAAGAAAAGGAAAUGGAAGGAUCCCUUCAGGGUGAUAUGACUGACUGA